AUGAGAUCACAUUGCUGCUACAAUUUUAUAUAUCUUCUGCUUGUUUUUGCUAUAACUUUGUCGGUGCUAUGGUGGAAACAGCUGACAAGGAAAAACAGAAAUGGGAGAUUACCACCAGGUCCGAGAAGGAUUCCUUUAAUUGGAAACUUGCACCAGCUUGGUGGUGGCUCACUACAUGCAUCACUUAAGAAGCUUUCAGAUGAAUACGGACCUCUGGUGUUUCUUAAACUCGGCUCAGUUCCAACUUUGGUCGUCUCAUCACAGGAUAUGGCGAAAGAGAUCCUCCAAACACAUGAUAUUGUGAUUCCAAACAGAUCCAUGUUUUAUGCUCCCACGAAAAUCUCUUAUGGUGGUUCGGAUAUUGCUUUUGCUCGUUAUGGUGAAUACUGGAUGUUGGAUUAA